AUGCCACCUAAAAAGAAAAUUCAAACUACCAAGAACGAUACUAGGUCAAUUAAAGAUUACUUCAAAAAACCUACCAACUUACCAAAAGAAACAGAUUCAUCAAAAGAUAAAUCAAGUUUUAGUAUUAUUAUUCCAUCCAUUUCAGAUAUCGAUGGGAGUCCUGCUACUAGAUUAAGAUCACGUCAACAAGAAGAAAUCUCAAGUAAAAAACCAUCAUCAAGUAUUCAGACGCGUGCUUCAUCUCAUCCACCUUCACCUACUAAACCCAAAACAGCUCAAUCUAAGAAGAAAUCACCUUCUAAGUUAACUCCAAACAAACCUGUCGGAUCCAUGAAUCAAACAGACGAAACCAAUUCUAAGCUUUUGGAUUCUGAACGUCGUCUGACUCGUUCUUCUACAAAACCGGUCGAAGAAGCUAAUUCGCCUACUAAGAGGUCGACUAGAUCUUCAACUCGAGUCUCUGAUAUGGACGCUUCAUCUGCAUCACCAGCCAAAAGACGUGUGUCAGAAGUGGCGCAGGAAGCCAAGGACAAACGUCAAAGUGAAAUCGCCACAAGAAAGUCAUCUUUGACCCCACUCCAGACGUGUUCACCAGUCACGAGAACAACCGAGAUCAAUAUUAAUGACGAUAUCAUUCCUUCUUCACCUUUAACCGAACUCGAUGAACCACUUGAAACAGGAGGAAGCAAGGCUUUCUUUCCUGGUACUUUACCCCCAUCUGGACCCCAAACUAGUCAAUCGGGUCUCAGCUCACCGACCUCACCUACCACGCCGCCACCCUCUGUGACCCCGGUGAUGCAAGUCACUGCACCAACGACAAGCUUAUCAGAUGAUGAUGAGCUCGAAGACCCUGAUUUACUUUUCCUUAGCCGAGUUGAACAAAACUUACAAGAUUCGCCACGUCGAACGCAGAAGAAAACGCCGGUGAAUAGUCUAGCCAGUUCGAAGCCAUUGAAAAAAUCCACUAGGAUCGUACCAUCGCGUCCGAUUUAUAAUCCUCAGAUCCAUGCAUCUAUGAGUGUUCAACGUACAUCAGUUCAUUCACUUGAAUCGAUGAUCAAAUCCGUCAAAGCAGCCGAAAAACGAAGCAAGUCGUUCAAACGGAGUCAUGAAGAAUACCUUCGAUUGGGAUGUGAUCAAUUAGAGAUUCCAGAAGAAUUACCCGAAAGGUUUUCCAAGAUGAAUGAUAAUCUAUUAAAACCUUCGAAUGGUAUUGAAACGGAUGAAGCUGAAACUAGUUUGAUGGAAUUGGAUGAUGAAGAACUUGAAGAGAUCAGUAAAGAAGAUGUCGAAAAGAUCGGAGUCUUACCGAUGAUUCUGGAAGAUGAUCAGUCUCAUGGACAGACAAAGAAGGCUCAAAACGAAAGGUAUCGAAAGUUGAAGGAAUCUUUGUUGAAAGAUGUAGAUAAAGGAAAGCAAUCCAAAAAGUUGGAAGAAGAUCGAAAAUCGCGUUCUAUCUUUGUUGAGAAUCGAUUCUCGUCUGAUUCUAUUCAACCUGAUCUUGUUACUCAUCAAAUCAAUUUGUCACUUAAGGAUGAGGUAUCGCGGCUUCAUGAAGCGGACUAUGAUGUAGACAUGAUGAUCCAGGUCGAAAAGGCAGUUUUGGAAGAGAUGAUUGAUUAUUUGAAUUACGGAUGGACGCAUCCCGACGCGGUUCCAGUCGAUCUUUUCUCUUUCCUACCAUCAUCAUUGAUGCAACCAUCCGCCGAAUCUCCAACCCAACGUCUCAUCCUCGAACUACUUUUUCGAAUUAUCUCAAACCCAGCAUGUCCAGUGGAGUUAUCUUACAAAUGUUUGAUCAACUUUUCUAAAGCUUGUGAGAUCUUCAAGGUCAAGAUGGAUAAGGAUUGGCAAAGCAUGAUACGAUCUAGCUUUUUAAGUUUGGGUAUUAAGUCUCAGUACUUGAAGUUUUCGACUGACGAAAUGGAAGAGGAUCUUAGCGAUUCAAACACCAUUGCUCCAUUGAAAGAAACCCUUCAUACUCUUAGAUCGGUCCUUCAAGUGGUUGAGAUCUUACUCAGCUCUGGGUGCUUCAGUACCGAUAUAGCUCAAAGAUGGAUUCUUCUCAUCAUCUUUCGUCUUACGAUCGAUCCACAUACGAGUGAAUUAAGUCAAGAUCUUUCUAGAAUCAUAUUACGAUUACUUUCUUUACCAGUUUCGAAUUCGACGGCCACUUUGCUACUUGAAAACUUCAUUGAGAUUGGAAAAGGAUUAAAGAGUUGGAAGAGUCGAAUGGAAUUCGUUAAGAGGAUGCCAAACGAGUUGGAGUUUAGGAAAUGGGGUGCGAUGGUCAUGAUUGAUUUGGUGGAAGAAAAUGAUUUAGAGAUGGUCAAACGAUCGAUUAGUUAUAUUGUCAAGCGUUCACGUGCAUUUACUGUUGCUCCAUCAGCUAGAGAAUUAUACAAUUUAGUGAUAGAUGGACAUCCAAAGUAUAGUGAAUUAUCCAUGAAAUCAGAAGAAGAAAGCUAUGAAGCGAGUUAUAAAUUAAGAAAGAUCUUUCAAAGAACAACAGAAGAUUUGAUUGAAGAUGAAGAGAUGGGAGAAGUGAUUGGAUUGAUGAGGUUUGGCUUACAUGGUUUAUGGGAUUAUCUUUGUGAUGAAUCACAUAAGAAAGAGAUUAAGAUUAAGUUGAAGGAUGGAGAGAAUAUUAAGGGAAAUCUUUGGAUUAUGAAACUUUGGGAUGGAUUAAAGGAAUAUGAAACAUCAAUUAAUACUAUGGGAUAUGGAGAUGAAAAGAUACAAGAAAGGUUACGGUUAAAGAAUUUGGUAACUGGUUUGAUGAUGAUGAUCAAAUUUCAAGAUGAAGAAGCUGUUCAACAAGUUAAAAAUAUUUAUAGAGAUGGUCAAAUGAAAUUAGAUCGAUUUGUUUUACGAAAAUAA